CCCAGCGGUGGCCGCGGGGGGAGCGCGCAGGUCCCCGCUGCGGGAGAGAGAAGGGGGCAGAAAGCGGGGAGAAAGGCGGCUUUUCCCGGGAGCCGCGGGGAGCGUUUGGGCGGAGCUGCGUGCUCGGCCCGGGGCAGGUGUGCUCCGGCCGUGGCCGUGCCCUGAGUCACGGCGGCCGCACCGCAGUGCGCUGCGCUGCGCGGCGCGGGCCGGGCGCGGGGCCGAGGGACGGAGCGGCCGCGCACGGCGGUGGAAGGCGGCCAGGAGGCACCGGCACCCGCCCCGCCGCGCCCGGGCACGGCGCGGGCUCAGCCGCUCCCCGCGGGCAGGCGGCCCGUGGUCCCCUUCCCCCUGUCCUCUCCCCUUUUCCCCCCGUGCCGGCAUCUGCGAUGACAGCAGCGGCGGGUCUUGUCCGCCUGCCUCCUCCCAGGGAAGAAGCAUGACCAAGAUGAACUGCAUCCUGCUGAGUGCCUGCAUUGUUCUGAUUAAUUUUUGUGGCUCUGGUUAUACCUUAAGAUGUUACCACUGUGACAACAGCCCUACCCUGUGCAGGACCAACAGCACCUGCUUAACGACUGAAGACACUUGCUUGCAGUUGAAAUUUGGUAAAUUGAGAACUUUCUCCUGCUGGAAGACAUCCCAGUGCAAUGUGAAUGAAAUUGCUGAUUCCUUCCUGCUGGAUAAUUUUGAAUUCUUUUGCUGCCAACACGACCUGUGCAAUGAGGGUGCAAUUACUGGGGUUAACAAAGCAGCCUUCAGUAUUGCUUCUGUAAUGGCCAUGUUAUGGAUGCUCCUGUAAUAAUCCUGAUUUGUAAGAUGUCCUUUUAAGAUGAAGUCACACAAAAUCAUUAACUCUUUUCUAUAUAGCAUAUUUUCAGCUCCUGUCCAUAGGCAGAAACAUUCCCGUGUAAUUUUGUUUCCCAAGGUUCUGUCUGUUAAAUCACUGCCUCCAUUCAUGGGAAGGAGAUGUGUGUUGUUACCACUUAGUGGGUUUUUGAUCUGUCCCCCUGCUCAUGGGGAGGAUCAUCUCUUGUGAAGUCAUGCUACCUUGUGGAGAACCUGGGCAAGCUCCAGUGGGUGAUGUGAAGGAGAAGGAACACUGCAGCUUUUCUGAGGCUGUUGAGUCAGGGGUGGACGAAAUGACUCCAUGGUUUAGAAGGAGAAAAACAGAGAUCCUUUAUUAAGGAUCCUUUGUUAAGAGGUAGCGUGUUUUUAUAACCAGGAUCGCUAAGGUGAAAUCUGAUUGGUCUCAAAGUAAAAACCUUUCACACUCUUGGUGAACUAUGAAUAGCACACUCUGAAGGUACAUAUCAAUAAAUAACAUGAACAGAAAGAGAGAUAAUAAUAGAUUUUAUUCUUCCUCUCUAAAUUUCCCAGGCCUGAAGCCUGGGAGAAUUAUCUUCAAAUGAACUGAGAAUCUCCACACUUUUCUGCUGGAAACUGUCAUUUUUUUUCCUGUCCCAUAAACUGUCAUUAUUUUUGGUUGGCAUUUCUGUGGGUUUUUGAUUUGUUUUGCUUUGGAUCCUCCUUGUCACAAACCAAGCAGUGGAUUUGCCCUCAACACAAGAAGUGUUGGAUCAUAAGUGUACCUUGCUGCAGUCUUUGUGAUGAAUAUGGAAAUAUUCAGUUUCAAGUCAUGUAAACACUUUGUUCCCAUCACUGUACCUUUUUUUUUCCUACAAGCCAACGAUAUAACCUUGUCAAGUGCUGUUAUUUUGGGAGAAAGCAUGUACAUUUCUUAAGCCAAAACCAAAAUAUUACUAUAAGUGAGAAACACUUCUCAUUUUUUUUUAAAAUAUAUAUAUUUCUGUGAGCAUGUAGACAACAUGUGAUAGCUUCUUUUUGGAUUUUCCUCUUACAUUAUCCAUGCUUAGGACUUUAGGUGAGCAUGUGCUUUGCACUGGGUAUUUAUUGGUAUACUGAAAACCAAUUAUAAAAUGCUGAGGAGUUGAAAUGGCACAUGUAGGUUACUUCCCCACCUAGUUAGCUUUUGGGUUUUGUUGAAAACAGCGACAUGUAAACUUAACCCUUCAAGCUUCCACCUAAGUGUAUUAAAAUCUUGCAGAACUUUCUUUCAUAAAUGCCAAUGCACAGUAUAGGUGUGUAUUUAUAUAGCAUGAAUAAUACCUGCUCCAUCUGUAGGUGUGAGAGAUCAAAAUCUGAAAUACUUACAUUGCUCUGCUCUGUGGUGGAGACAGACCUUGGGACAUCUCUGGGACCUGGGGACCCUCUCAGUCAGAUGGGAUGCCAGAUCCUCCUUUUUCUUCUGGAGCUGCUGGCAUAUCCCUGCCAGAGUUGUGUCCAUUGCCAAUGGGAUAUCCUCUUCCUGGGGACCCUCACUUGUGCUCGUGACACCAGUUCACCAGUCACAACAAGGAUGCUGUUCCAAAUCCCUGAUUGUAAUCCACAAUGUACCUUUUGGUUGAGCUUAUUGUAGCUAUGAAAGUGUCCUGGGAUCUCUCCCAUCACUCUAGUUACAGAAGUCGUCCUGUCUUUGAUAAAUAAAAAUGU